UAAAGACCAUGUUAUUGUCAUACAAAGAAUUUUUAAAGAAUGCGAAGAUCAUCCUUGGUUCACAAAGCAAAGGAAGGCAGGGAUUGUUAAAAAUGGUCGAUUUAUUUAAAUUUGAAGUUUUUCCUUCAACUUUUGAAGAAAACUUAGAUAAAUAGAUUGAUCCACUAACUUAUGUUUAAAAGACAUGCGAAGGCAAAGUCAUAAAUCUUCUUGAAACAUUCAAAUAAAACAAUUAAUAAUGGGACAUUUGCAUAUUUGCAGACACUGUGUGUGAGAUAAAUGGAAAAAUAAUAGAGAAGCCAAAUACAAAAGAAGAUGCAUACAAUUUUUUAAAGUUGUUCAGUAAUUCGCUACAUUUGGUGCACACUUGUGUAUAUGUUGUUGGAAAAAAUGAAAAAAAUUAAAUAUUCUAAUUGAAUGGGGUAGAAACUACAGAAGUCCACUUUUAAUGCUUGCCAGAAAAGAGUAUUCAAAUUUAUGUUGAAGAUGAAUCGAAUUGGAAAGGAAGAGCAGGUGGAUAUGCAAUACAAGCUUUGGGUAAUAUGUUCAUUAAAAAAAUAAAUGGGUAAAUUAUAAAUAAUAUAUUAUGUAGUGAUUAUUCUAAUGUUAUCGGAUUGCCUUUACCAGUAUUGGAUAAAUUGAUGUCUGAAAUAAUAGAAUUAUUGCUAAAAAAGGAUUGAGUUUUGAAUUUAUAUAUAAACUGAGAUCAUCCUU